GCACAACCAAAACACGAAUAUCAUCAUUGCCAUGCUCCAUCGACGCGUCAAGGUGCUUCUUCUGCGGUCCACGACAACCCAAGCCCGGCUUUAUAGCGCCCCGACAGUCUCGACGGUCACUGUCGGCGACGUUCUGGCCGCUCGUGAAAAAGUUUUCAGCAACCUCGACAGCGCGGCCCAAGGCGAGCUGCACCCACACUUUGAGCAAUGGCAGUCCAUCCGUCACGAUGCCCCCGUUCAUUCUGCCGUGAAUCUCAUGGUCCAGCGCAACAUUGGUUCGCUCAUUGUCACGCAAGAAGACCAAGGGGUUGUGGGCAUUGUCACGGAGCGCGACAUCCUCGUGAAGGGGAAGGAGACGGCAGAGCACGAAGAGUUGGCAGUGAAGGACAUCAUGUCCAAGCGAAUCUUGUGCAUUGAUCCUUCCACGACAAUCAUGGCGGCGCUGGCGACCAUGAACAAGGAGAAAAUCCGUCAUUUGGCGGUGGUACACACGGAUCCGUCGCAACCGGCGGCGGCCGACGCGGUGCCGAUCGAAGCCAUGCGCAGUGUCUUGUCGAUCAAGGACAUCAUCAAGGCAUAUGCCGAAGACAAGAAGCAAGAGCUCACUGACCCAACCAACACUGCCACCUCCGCCACCGCGAUCCCGUCGUCAACCACGGAAGCGUCCCCCGAAGAGCCGACAAAAGACAUCAUCCCUGCCACAGUAAAUGCGUCGACGUUGCUGCGCAAAAAGCACGAGACGAUCAAUUUGAUCUUAAACACUCGCUUGGAAGACAACGUGUCGGUUGCGGAAGCCGUGGCAGAAAUGGCCAAGCGCCAUUUCGGAGCGGUGUUGGUCAUGGACGAUGGCAAGAAGAUCAAAGGCAUCUUCACGGAGCGGGACUACUUGACCAAGGUGCUGCACCCCAAGCUAGACGCGUCCCAAGUUCUCACCAAGGACGUGUGCACGCGAAGUGUGUGGACGCUAAAGAGCGACGAUUCGCUGCACACGUGUGUGUUUGAAGCUGCGACAAGAAACUUCCACCACUUCCCCGUCGUGGAUGCCAAGGAAGAGAUCGUCGGACUGCUCUCGGUCAAGGAUAUUGUCCAUGAAAUCGUCAGCGAAGUCAAACCCACUACGGGCUUUUGGCUCAUGGAGUACUUUAAAAAGGCCAAACAACCGGCGGCGGCGGCCGAAAAGGUGGAAGCUGCCGCAUCGCCCUCCGUGGGUCAAGAGCCCAACGCUGCUACUGCUACCAAGGACGACCAAACCAUUGCCGCCAAGACAGACGACGCCAAAGCAUCGGACCCCAAGACUGCUGCAUCAUCUUAAUCAAUUCCACAGUUUUUCCACCUCUUUUGUUGGAAAACCUCGU